CGCCGACAACGGCGACCAUUUGCCGACGGCAAAUUGUGCACGUUGGCAGGACGCCGUCAUGAUGGAAGCGGAGGCUGCCGCGGAAGAAGACCAGGCUCAUGGGUCAGGAAAUGGCUACCUCUGGAUCCUGCCCUCGCCGCCGCAACCUGUUGCGGGUGACGACGACGACGAUGAAACACAACAGCCGCAGCGGUUCUGGUUUGAAGUCACGUCGUUUUGCUUGCAGUGGCGUCUCGCCCCUCGCUCAGAGCAGCACACAGUCAACCGCAUCGCGUUCUCCGACGUCGCACAAGUGGCUCCGUUGUCGUCGACCAACCUGCGCAUCACCACGUUGACCUCCACGCUUGUGCUGAAGGCUCCAACUCGCGAUGUUCGCAACAUGUGGCUGCAAAGUUUAGGCGAUGCUAUCUUUUGCUCGGGCCGUCCUCCAGCAGCCAGUCCCGUAGUCCUCCUCCACGAGUGCAUGGACAACAACGACAUCGAGUACUUGAAGCAUCUGCUGUCGACCAAUUCUUCGCUGAUCACGUCUGCCGACGACGAAGGCAAUUCGCUUCUCUUGCAGGCUUGCAAACGGAACGCAUCCGUCGAAGUUCACCAGACGCUGCUUCAGUACGGCGUCGAUCCUCACUCGCUCAACUGGGAGUAAGUCGCUCAAACG